AUGAGGUUCCCCUGGUUCUCCUUGGUGUGCUUGGCCAUGGAGGCGGUACUUGGCCUGAAGCCUGAGCCUGAGGCCGUGCAGUUACUUCAACACAGGCUGCAGCUACAAGGCCCGCAGGAGCCCCGCUUGAAAGCUGCAGAGCCCAUCAACUGGAUUCAUUCCCCGAAAAGCGGCAGCUCCUUCCUCAACGCAAUAUGCCCGAUUGCCGCUGAUUUGACAAUCAGCGAGCAGUCACUGGGGCCUUGCUUCCUGCAGAUUUGGACUGAUGUCAUGUGCCCGCAGUUGUGCGAUCAGGACAAGUUCAGAUGCAAAAGUGACCUGUGCAUGCCACACCCGCCAAUCGACAAUUAUUGGGCU